AUGAAGUACAAUAUUGGAAUAACACAGCUUUUGUUUUUUGCCCUUUCUUAGCCAGCUCCAAGUUCCACAUCAGUCGGUGCCGGCCGAUCACCGUCUUCAAAAGCAGUCUCCCCUCGCUCAGGUGGAGGCUCCACUGUCAGACAGAGGAAAACAACAACUGGGGCAUCUCGAAAGCCUGCUGCAGCUGGGGGAGGGGGUGCUGGCAUGUGGAGAUUUUAUACGGAGGACUCCCCAGGAAUUAAAGUGCCAGUUCCAGUGCUUGUGAUGAGUUUGUUGUUCAUCGCGUCUGUCUUUAUGCUCCACAUAUGGGGAAAAUACACACGAGGUUGAACACUCGCAACGAAUAUAGGCCAAAUAUUUUAAGGACACAUUACGAGGACAUUUAUAACCAUGUGCUCAGAUAUUUUGGGGGUGGACAUAACUGGAUCGUUUCUGAUGAACCCAUCUUAAGAUUCUAAAGAUCAUUCUCCAGGAAAUAUCAAGAAUUUUGGAAGCAUGGUCAUGAAUUCUGCACACAGACUCAUGGAGCAUGACCUCAGGCCUUUUCAUGUAUGGAUGUUGUCUGGAAGAAGAGCUGCAAAAAAUGUUUUUAUUUGAAGUUUUAUGGAAAUGUGAACCCAGAAACUGUAUCAGUUUAGAUCCAAAGUUUAAUACUAUCAUUAUUAUUUCAUGUGAAUUCAUGACGAGUAUUUGUUUUAACACUCAUCAGUAAUGAUUCUGAUAUGAGUGGAGAAAUUGUGCUGAGUGCAGAAGUAAAUUUGAAUAUUUGAUGACUGAGAGUUGUGUAAAAGUGAUCUUGUCUAUCAAGUAUCACUGGUAUUAAAUUUACCAAGUGUGAAUUUAUCAUUUCAGGAAAUCAUCAUCUAAUCUCAGUGCAGAAGUACAUAUAAAUGCAUGUACAUAGUUCUUGUCUUGAAUGCUAUUUAAAGAUGUGUUCAGAUUCUGCUUGAAACUGCACUUAAAUUUAAAUUUAUUCUGGUCAUUAUUACACGUUGGAAUUAAAAAUCAUUCGUGUACAUUAUGUAAGAAUUUGUAACAUCUUGGGCAUAAAUUGAUCUUCGUGUUUACAUUCUACUUGAUGUUGUACAUGUCACCUGAAACCAAGACUGCGGCUCAUUUGAAUAAGGCAUAACUUAUAUAUUCGAAGUUACAAAUGUAUAAACUGCUAAACAGAUUGCUGAAGAGAAUCUGUCAAUUUAUAGAGAAAAACAAGAAAGUGAUUUUAAUUUUAAAGAA